CGACUGGUGCAUUCAUUCUUUUAAGAAUACUCGAGACACCAAUUUCAUCUUCCAAACAGCGACAAUGACAGUAAACCCGAUGAAAUCUAUAGGUUCCUUAUCACCGGCAAUAGCUUUCUUGAUCGUGAGCUUUUCGCUGGGUGAACUGGGCGAUGGUCUAAACAUCUUUCAGGUGCGUCAACAACAUUUUUUUCGCAGAACAUAGUUUUGAACGGUGGGAGCUGAUAUUGAUUCGAUUUUCUUCGUCUUGAAUUUUUUCAUCCUCUUUUCCUUCAUCACGUCAUACAUUUUAGGGGAUUUACCUCGUGACCCUUGGUUGGAAUGAAGGGGCGAUAGGGACCGCUCUAUCUAUGAUGGGGUUCACUGCGUUAAUAGUACAAACAUUUGCGGGGGAUUUGGUAAGAGCAGGGAUCAUUUUCAAAGACGAAUCGACGCGAAACAAAUCCUACUCAUGAAUUUCUCUCACGCACAUGUCUACGGCCUUGAUUUCUAAAUUAGGUUGAUAAGACAAAUGUCGACAGGCGCCUAUUCUUAUCGGUUGCAAGUGUUCUUACAGCACUCUCGGCGAGUGCCAUUUUCUUCGUAGAAGGAAAUUCUCAGCAUGGCUUAAUCUACGUCACGAAAAUCAUUGAAGGAAUCUCUUCUUCUUUCAUCGGACCGUGCUUGUCCGCUUUGGUUCUAGCAACAUUUGGGCCGAACCAUUUUGAUGCAAUUAUGGCUAGCAACACUUUAUGGGGGCACAUUGGGAGUGUAGUGGCGGCCUUUCUGGCCGGAUUAGUUGCCUAUUUCAUGUAUCCGAACAUCAAACUUUGCUUUUUGGUGAUUGCUGCCAGUGCUCUUACAGCUGUGUUCUUCAUCGGAUUCUUGCCAGAAGGAGAUAAAUUGAUGGGGCGCGGUUUCAUGGGCAAACAGGCAUUAGACAAAUUUGGACAUGUCGAACAGCUCGUUGAAGAAUCUGGAAACGACGAUGAGGUAGAGGAGCAGAUAAGCAACAGAAAAUCAUAUGAGGAGCAAGAGGCCAGCAGCUAUUGGGAUGUUAUGUCAGAUAAGCGGUGUCUCCUGCUGUGCGUGACUGGCUUCUUUUUCCAGUGAGUAAUACGACGUCAGAACAUUUUCGUUCAAUAGUCAAUGUUGGGUAAAGUUUUUUGUGCAACAACAGACGUUGCGAAGACCGGUUUCUUACUGUUUGUAUUUUUUCCUUAUAGCUUUGCAAAUGCUAAUGUACUCCUUGUGCUUGGAGAACUGAUGGGUGGCGAAAAUGGAGAAGACGGAGCGCCAAGUAGAGCAGCAAUUCCUCUGAUUGCAGGUGCAAUCGUAUUGGCUCAAGUAACGAUGGUAAGAUGAUCGGAUGCUUAUAUUCCUGAUUGUUGCAAUCGUAUUCUAGUACUCAACUGUGAUAAAAAUCCAUCCGUUCUUAAUGACAUCUUCCUAUAUCUGGUCAGGCUACUGCAACCUGGAUCGGUGACAAGCUCACUCAGCAAGGCGUUGGACGAAAACCACUAUUUUUGGCUGGCAUCUUGUCGUUGCCUAUACGAUGUGCACUUAUCAUUUUCUGGAAAGACGCCGGGCAGACAUACCUCCUGUCGACACAAAUUCUUGAUGGAAUCGGCGGUGGUUUGUUUGGUCUAAUCCAUCCAUUUUUGGUUGCAGACAUCACAUUUGGAACGGGGAGAUUCAAUGUGGUAAUGGGUCUAACUGCUUCGUGUUUUGGAUUAGGUGGAACCUUGUCAAAUUUUAUCGGCCAACAUAUUGUCGAGAAUUUCGGUCAUGUGACGAGUCUGGCAGGGUCUCUUUUCUUGUCUUUUAUUCCGAUACUCGUUUUUGGCCACUUUAUGCCUGAGACUCUUGGAUCUCGAGGAUCAGCACAACAGUCAGCAAACAAAGACAAUGGUGCAACUUCAUAUGUUCAAAUGGCCCACUAAUCUAGAAACUGGCCACCGAAGUGGAAUCAGCAGUAUGAUUCAAACAAUCAUAUUCAUUUUGUAUGUACUUACUAAUGAUAAUGAGAGGAUUUUUCUUCUGAAGCACACCAGUGAUAUGUUUAAAAAUUGCCUGAUAACUUACAGUAUUGAUUCCUCUUCAACACAGUUCACCCUAUUUUUCCAACCUGGUAUUUUGAAUAGUGCUACCAGUAGUAAUCCAUCAUGUUGUGGUUUUUGCAUCUUUCUCAGAUGGUCAUCUAGCAAAAAAACAAGCCAUGCACCAUUGAUCUAAAAUAUCAUUAAUGGCAGUGAAAUUCUGGGAAAUAAAACCAAAUAAUCUGC